AUGUCGAGAGUACCAUCCACAACUAGCUCUUCCUUUACAUUUUCAUUUCCUUCCCUUCCUCAAAUGACUCCUACAAUCACACGAGGAGCAAUCUUGAAAGCACAACAUCCCGCAUUGACUCCUCAAGAACAAGAAUUGGUCGAUUUCAGUGAAAAGAUUGUCGAUCUCGUUUUUGUGUGUGACAAUACUGGAUCCAUGUCUGGUGAAAUCAAUGUCGCCAAAGACACCAUUCAAACCAUCAUUUCAUCACUCCACGAUCAUUUCAAAUCCGAUUUGAGAUUUUCAGCAGUGAGUUAUCGAGAUCAUUCGGAUGACCAUGCUGUCAAGGAAUAUCCAUUCACUCGUGACGUUUCAGUUGCCAAAUCAUACAUUCAGGAAAUGAGUGCCACAGGAGGUGGUGACUAUCCUGAAGCUUUGGCCAGUGCUUUGAAAGUUGUUUCAGAAAUGCCAUUCAACAAAAACGGAAAGAAAAUUGUCAUUUGGAUUGCAGAUGCUCCACCUCAUGGAAUGGGAGCGAGCGGUGACAGUUAUCCAGAAGGAUGUAAAGAUGAAAACAAUCAAGUCAUUGAUUGGAUCAAACUCGCCGAUUACGUCAUGGAAAAGGGUUGUGUUUUUUACACACUCGUAUGUGAACGAUCACAAAAGGAUCAACAAUUGAUCUUAUUUAUGGACUAUUUGGCUACGAAAACCAACGGAAAAUGUCUGUUAUUGACCAAUGCCAACAAAAUUCCAAAUUUGAUUAUUAAUGGAUGUAUUGAAGAUGAUGAAAUGGAUCAACUCAUUGCCGAGAAGAUUAAAGAAUUAGGUGUUGAACGAGUGAAAACCAUGAAACAAGACGAAUUGUUGGAACAAAUGAACAAAUUGACAGAAAAUGCAAAGGUUCAACAAGUGCAAACUUUUGGAUUCACGUCGAAUCGAACCAGCGACCUUAUGAAAUGUAAUUCCAUGUCUACCGUGCCUACCCAUUUGUUUACCACUGCUACCUCAAGCUGUGCUCGUGUCGGUAACACAGAUGCCACAACAUUUAGUUAUGGAUCGACCAUUGCUGCCAAACCUUCCACAGAACAAGUGUUUAAAGCUUGUCAAAGAAAUGCAGCAACCAAGAGAUAA